AUGGGAGAACUCGGGGGACACGGCGGGGGUGGCGCUGACUCCUGUGUGUCGCCAGGAGUGUCGCCGGUGUCCCCAAUCCACGUGUACACGCAGCGCGAGGUUUAUGGCACCGUGGGGGCGAGUGUCACCUUGUCGUGCAGCUUCUGGUCCAGCGAGUGGAUCUCGGAGGACAUUUCCAUCACCUGGCACUUCCAGGCCGAGGGCACCCGCGACAGCAUCUCCAUCUUCCACUUCGCGCAGGGCCAGCCUUACAUCGAUGACGUCGGGAGCUUCAAGGAGCGCAUGGAGUGGGCGGGGAACCCUCGCCGCAAGGACGGCUCCAUCAUCAUCCACGGCCUGGAGCCCGGCGACAAUGGCACCUUCACGUGCGACGUCAAGAACCCGCCCGACAUCGUGGGCAAGUCCUCGCAGGUCACGCUCUACGUGCUGGAGAAAGUGCCCACCCGUUACGGGGUCGUGCUGGGCUCUGUCAUCGGCGGGGUCCUGCUCUUGGUGGCCGUGCUGGUGGCCCUGGGCUACGUCACCCGUUACUGCUGGCAGCGGCGCCAGGCGCUCCUGCAGCGGCGGCUGAGGUGA